AAAUCUUUUUGCAUCCUCGAGCCGCUGCUCGGGCGGCUGCUGCUCCGCGUCUCGGCCAACCUCCCCUUUUCGCUCGCCUUUGCCUCGCCUUUUCCGCAGGACUUUGCUAAUUUGCCUUUUUUUUUUUUUUUUGAAAGAGAGGGAGGGUGAGGGAAGAGGAAAAAAAAAAAGAAAGAAAGAAAAAGACCUGAAAGAACUAAACUCCCACCCUCCCCCCCACCCUCCUCCCUUUUCCUCCAGCCGGGCUGCGCCUCCGUCUCUGCACUUUGCACGGAGGGAGAGGGGCAGGCGCGAGGGAGAGAGAGAGACAGAAACAGAGAGAGAGAGAGAGAGACAGACACAGAGCGAGCGGAACGGGGGCCAGCGCCAGGGAGCGCGAGCGAGAGAACCAGCCCGGGCCGAAGAGGCGGCGAGAAGCAUGAAGUGCUAGGCGGCCCGCGCCCGGGGCCCGCGCCGCCGGGACCGCUCCGCCUGCAGCCCCCGGGCCGGCGCGCCGAGAGCCUCCCUAUGCCCAGCGCGCAGCCGAGCGGCGAGCGGGGGACGCCGCGCACCGGGCCGCGCUCCUCCGCCUCCGCCGCCGCCGCCGCCGCCGCCGCCGCCGCCGCCGCCGCCAGCCCGAGCCCCGGCGCAGCCCCCGGAGCCGCCCGCCGAGCCUGAGGCCGCCGCCGGGCCCGAGCCGAGCCGAGCCGAGCGAGCGCAGCGCGGCGCACGCCGGCCGGCCGCCGGCCGGGGCGCGCGGGCGAGCAGCGCGCGAGCGAGCACCUUGGCGUGAGCAGGGGGGGCGGAGGGCGGGCGCGGGGGCCCGCGGGCAGGCGGGAGGUGCGAGCGCUCGGCGCUCUCGGGCCAGCCACCGCGGCGCGCGCGCGGGCGAGACGCGCCCCUGCCCGGCAAGCUGGCGCACCCGCUGGCCACCCAGCACAGCCCGCUGCCCCCUCUCCUGCAGCCCAUCUGGCGGAGCGGCGGCGCUGGCGGCGUCGGCGGCGGCGGCGGCGUCGGCGGCGGCCGGAGGAUGGCCUCGGAGCUGGCCCUGAGCAACUCCGACCUGCCCACCAGCCCGCUGGCCAUGGAAUAUGUUAAUGACUUCGAUCUGAUGAAGUUCGAGGUGAAGAAGGAGCCGGUGGAGACGGACCGCAUCAUCAGCCAGUGCGGCCGUCUCAUCGCGGGCGGCUCGCUCUCGUCCACCCCGAUGAGCACGCCGUGCAGCUCGGUGCCGCCGUCGCCCAGCUUCUCGGCGCCCAGCCCGGGCUCGGGCAGCGAGCAGAAGGCGCACCUGGAGGACUACUACUGGAUGACCGGCUACCCGCAGCAGCUCAACCCCGAGGCGCUGGGCUUCAGCCCCGAGGACGCGGUCGAGGCGCUCAUCAGCAGCAGCCACCCGCUGCAGGGCGGCUUCGAUGGCUACGCGCGCGGCGCCCAGCAGCUGGCCCAGGCGGCCGGGGCGGGCGCGGGCGCCGCGCUGGGCGGCGGCGGCGGCGGCGGCGGCGGCGGCGGCGGCGGCGCCGAGGAGCUGGGCCCCGCCGCCGCCGUGGUGUCCGCCGUGAUCGCCGCGGCCGCCGCGCAGGGCGGCGCGGGCCCGCACUACCACCACCACCACCACCACCACGCGGCCGGCCACCACCACCACCCGACGGCCGGCGCGCCCGGCGGCGCGGGGGCGGCGGCGGCGGCGGGCGGCGGCGCGGGCGGCGGCGGCGGCGGCGGCGGCGGCGGCGGCCCGGCCGGUGCGGGCGGCGGCGGCGGCGGCGGCCGGGCGGCGGGGGGCGCGGCGGGGGCGGGGGGCGCCCUGCACCCCGUGCACCACCACGCCGCGGCCGGCCUGCACUUCGACGACCGCUUCUCGGACGAGCAGCUGGUGACCAUGUCGGUGCGCGAGCUGAACCGGCAGCUGCGCGGGGUCAGCAAGGAGGAGGUGAUCCGGCUCAAGCAGAAGAGGCGGACCCUGAAAAACCGCGGCUAUGCCCAGUCCUGCCGCUUCAAGCGCGUGCAGCAGAGACACGUCCUGGAGUCGGAGAAGAACCAGCUGCUGCAGCAGGUCGACCACCUCAAGCAGGAGAUCUCCCGGCUGGUGCGCGAGCGGGACGCCUACAAGGAGAAGUACGAGAAGCUGGUGAGCAGCGGCUUCCGAGAAAACGGCUCGAGCAGCGACAACCCGUCCUCGCCCGAGUUUUUCAUGUGAGUCUGAGCCGCGCUCGCUCGCAGCUCGCCCGCCGCCGGGUCGCGCGCUCCGCGGGGGUCCCCCUCCCGGGUGCGGGCCGGCCCCCCGUCGCCCCCUCCCCCGCCGCGCUCGCCCACCCCCGCGCCGUGCAGCCCCGACGCGCGCGCGCGCGCCGCACGCGCGCACACACCGGCGCGCGCUCAGCCCCUGCACACCCUCCUGCACACCCCUCUGCACACCCCCCUGCACACACACACACACACCUUGGCCGGGCUCCGAGUUGGUGGUGGCGCGGCCGGCUGGCGGCGGUGGCCGAUCUGAAGUCGGGGAGGGGCUGACUCCAUGGAUUGCCAAUCUGAAAUUCUCCCUAACUUCUUAGCUUUUUUUUUUUUUACAAAAAAAAGAAAAAAAACUUGCACAGUGUUUAAAGAUCUCGGCAGAGUUCUUCACUGCAACAUAGCUCGCCUUUGAAACCUGCAUCUUUCACAUAUAUAUAUGUAUACAUAUAUAUAUUAGUUUUUCAUCAGUUCACGAGCUGGUGUUCGUUUUCUGUGUGUGUGUGUUCUGUUUGGAUUUUUUUUUUUACUUUUACUUUUUUUUUUUUUGGAGCUUGCUGUGUUGUCCUUUUCCCCCAACCUGCACCCUCACUCCCUCCUCACCCAUCACCUCCGAGAUAAAAGAAAAAAGGAAAAAAAAGAGCUGGUUUUAUUUUCUCCUCCUGAGUCCUUCCUGUGAGAUUGAGCUUGCAAAGAAAACAAAAAUGUGAAAUGUUCUAUGACUCGCAGCAGCGUGCUGAGUUCCAUCCGGGUUUUAGCAUUGUUAUGCUAAAAUAGAGAGAAAAAAAUUCUCAUGAACCUGCCACAAUCAAGCCUGCAUCAACCUUCAGGUGUGACCUGAGAGUUUAGUCUGCCAUUAAAAACUCAUUCUCAUCUCAUGCAUUAUUAUGCUUGCUACUUUGUCUUAGCAACAAUGAACUAUAACUGUUUCAAAGACUUUAUGGAAAGAGACAUUAUAUUAAUAAAAAAAAAGCCCUGCAUGCUGGACAUGUAUGGUAUAAUUAUUUUUUGUUCUUUUUUUUCUUUUGGCUUGGAAAUGGACGUUCGAAGACUUAUGGCAUGGCAUUCAUACUUUUGUUUUAUUGCCUCAUGACUUUUUUUGAGUUCCGAACAAAACUUGCGACCCUAGAGCCUUCUUCCCAUGAAAGUUUGCAUCCGCUCCAGAACUUCUUUGAGUUAUUCAGAACUUCAGCCUCCCAUUGUAAAUGCACUGAGGGCAUUCCUUGUCACAGAUGCCUGAAAGGGUGAAAAAUUUCACAUGGCAAAUAUUAAAGAACUCCUUGUCACAUUUUCCUUUUAAUACGAAUGGCACCCACUUUGGGGGACUAAAAUUUGUGCUGAUGCGGAAAGCAGUCUAAACCUUAUUUUUUAAGAGAAGAAAUCUGCCCCGUUAUUUUUUGGUUUGGUUUUUAUUUUUAUUUUAUCUUUGGGUUUUUUUUUUGGCUUUUGGUCAUUGUCAAAUGUGGAAUGCUAUGGGUUUCUAGUAUAUAAUUUAAUUCUAGUUUUUAUAAUCUGUUAGCCCAGUUAAAAUGUAUGCUACAGAUAAAGGAAUGUUAUAGAUAAAUUUGAAAGAGUUAGGUCUGUUUAGCUGUAGAUUUUUUAAAAGAUUGAUGCACUAAAUUGUUUACUGUUGUGAUGUUAAGGGGGGUAGAGUUUGCAAGGGGACUGUUUAAAAAAAAGUAGCUUAUACAGCAUGUGCUUGCAACUUAAAUAUAAGUUGGGUAUGUGUAGUCUUUGCUAUACCACUGACUGUAUUGAAAAACCAAAGUAUUAAAAAGGGGACGCACCCCUGUUUAUAUCUGUAGGGGUAUUUUACAUUCAAAAUGUAUGGGUUUUUUUUUUCAAAAUUAAAGUAUUUGGGACUGAAUUGCACUAAGAUAUAACCUGCAAGCAUAUAAUACAAAAAGAAAUUUGCAAAACUGUUUAGAACGCUAAUAAAAUUUAUGCAGUUAUAAAAAAUGGCAUUACUGCACAGUUUUAAAAUGAUGCAGAUUUUUUUACAGUUGUAUUGUGGUGCAGAACUGGAUUUUCUGUAACUUAAAAAAAAUCCACAGUUUUAAAGGCAAUAAUCAGCAAAUGUUAUUUUCAGGGACUGACAUCUGUCUUUAAAAAAUAAUGAAAAGUAAAUCUUACCACAAUAAAUAUAAAAAAAUCUUGUCAGUUACUUUUCUUUUACAUAUUUUGCUGUGCAAAAUUGUUUUAUAUCUUGAGUUACUAACUAACCACGCGUGAUGUUCCUAUGUGCUUUUCUUUCAUUUUCAAUUCUGGUUAUAUCGAGAGAAAGAAUAAUCUACAAUAAUAAACUGCAUUUUUUUUUUGA